UUUUUUUUUAUGACGUCUUUUCUGUGCAGGAGUAUUAUGGGCUGCCUGGAAUUCACUCCGCGAGACAGGGGAGAAAAAUAUCUAGCGUUCACCACCAAGCUUUAGCUAACGGUAGCUGGAUUGAAGUAAACAUGGAGCUGUCUGCAGUUGGGGAACGGGUUUUCGCAGCCGAAUCUAUCAUCAAACGGCGAAUAAGGAGAGGUCGAAUGGAAUACCUUGUGAAAUGGAAGGGCUGGUCACCGAAAUUUAGCACUUGGGAACCGGAGGAAAAUAUAUUGGACUCCCGCCUCUUCGUCGCAUUCGAAGAGAGGGAGCGCGAAAGGGAACUAUUUGGGCCCAAAAAGAGAGGCCCGAAACCGAAGACAUUCCUGCUAAAGGCACAAGCUAAAGCUAAAGCAAAAUUGUACGAGUUCAGGAGCGAUGCGGUCCGGGGGAUACGCGUCACCUACCCGACCCCAGAGCCUGUCAUCACCCCCAGAGCGCGAGAGGGGCUGAGGGCCGUGGUCCCCACCAUCUUCCCACCCAGCACUGUCAACAGGGGCGAGAGUGUGCGGGUCAGGCCCCCAGAACCGGUCCGAGAGCACCGUCAACCAGUCCUCCAGAGGCCCCCAGGCCCCGAUGGCUUUGUGAUUGUCCCCAAGAAGAGAGGGCCCAAACCCAAGCUGCGAUUUAAGGACAAUCCCUUCAACGCUCCUCCCGCCGCCCUGUCGCCCCCCAAGAGGAGGGCAGAGGAGCAGGCGACAUACGGCCCACUCAAAUUGGCCAAGUUGGGCCUGUCCGGUGGUGAAGAGAGGGGGUCUGAGAUGAGGGGGAUUAAACUAGCCCACAGGCACCAGGAGGAGCUGGGUGGUUAUCCCCACAAGCAAAUUAGGCCUGUGGCUAGUGGGAGCACACAGCAGCACUGUGGCCCAGACAGGGGCAUGUUGCACUCACACAGAAUAGGCUCAGACUCCCAGGCCUGCAGGACUAAAGAGUGCCCCUCAAACUACUUAUCCCCUCCCCAACUAAAGCACCUAUCCAAAAAGAAUGUGCAUCAACCCAGCGAAGAGCUUCCACAGAGGGGGAAACCUUCACUCAUCGCCAAAAUCCCUGUGUCGCGGAUCCUGGGCCAAACGGAUGAGGUGACUUGGAAGCCUUGCUUGAACAACGUGGAGAAGGUUCUGGUGACUGAUGUGACCACAAACUUUUUGACAGUGACUAUCAGGGAGAGUAGCACAGAUCAAGGAUUUUUCAAAGAUAAAAGAUGAUUUCGUCUGAUUUUAAUUCUCUUCAGCUCUGUCAAUCUUGUACCAAAUUAUUUUGAAAAGUCCGCACUUUAUAGUGUCAUUUAUCAUUCAGAUUUUUUAUGUAAUGUAUAAAAGCAAAUUACAGGAUUGUAUGUGCAGAUGUGUGUGUGUGUAUAUAUGUGUGUAUAUAUAUAUAUUAUAGUAUAAUAUAUAUAUAUAUAUAUAUAUAUAUAUAUAUAUAUAUAUAUAUACUAUAGUAUAGUAUAGUAUAGUAUAGUUGGAAGUCUAGUAAAUGUAAUGACCAAAAUUAAAGGAAGUCCAUUUGAAGCUAAUCACCACCCGUAGGCUAUUUGAAUGAGUUGCAUGCCUUGUGUACAGCGUUUACUUGUUUACAAAUGGCUUUUAGUUUUCAGCAAUCCGCUUUUAAACAAACAAUAUACUUUGUCAGACAGGCUAUAAUUAUGUCAAGCUAGUACCUUUUAAAUGUUAAGAGGUAUAAUGGGGGGGCAUUUGUCAUUUGAUUUCACAUGUCAGUGAGAAAAACAAAUAUGGAGAAAUCCUAAACCAAUUAUAGUGUGAACUAUAUGUUCCAGGUCAUGCCGUUUCAGUUUGAGGUGUAGCUUACCCUAUUCAUUGCAAAAGUUUAUCAAGCACUUUUUUGGAAGGUUUAAUAAAAAGUGGAUCAUAUCGAUGUCUUGUUGACCUACAUGUCCUCUAUAAGAGUUUAUAUAGCCUUUACAAUGCUAUAGGCCAGCAGAUGUCGGUCUUGUUUCCAGAUUUUAUCAACUGUUAAUAAAAAUGGGAAAGCUGCUUGAUGUUUAUGACGCUGUCUUUGUCGAAGAACAUACGGUCUUUCUGUUGACAUCUGUGUUGGACAUAUAAAUCAAAUGCUUUCAAUGUAACAGGAUGAUCACAACCUGAUGUCACAGUUUGCUUUUGAGAUGCUUUCCAGUAAACUUGUUGCAAUUGU